ACUAAAAAAUCUAAUGAAUAUUAAUAAUUCACUAAUAAUUUUUGAUCCACUUUUGCCGUGUCAAGACGUUAACCUAUUGAACGAUUCGCAACAAAAAUGCAAUUUUGUUAAGACUGUCGACGACUGUCUCGAUACGGAUGGCCUAAUCAGUUAUGUUGAGCUAACCUACUGUAUGAUAGGUCAACCCAUUUAUGCGGUUAUUGUAUUAUUUUUAUGGCUAUUAGUCCUGUUUACUGGUCUGGGUGUUACUGCCGAUGAUUUUCUAUGUCCGGCACUGUUAGUCAUAUCGCGUACAUUACGUCUAUCCCAUAAUAUUGCUGGUGUAACAUUUCUAGCCUUUGGCAAUGGUGCCCCCGAUAUAUUUUCAUCAAUUGCCGGUAUUAAACAAUCAAACCCCCAGCUGGUUGUCGGGGAGUUAUACGGUGCCGGCAUAUUUGUCACAACAGUAGUGGCCGGCAGUAUAUUCAUACUAUCGGAUUUCAAGCCAAUGGCCCGACCCAUGUGUCGGGACAUUAUCUUCUACAUUGUGACCACAUUUCUGGUUUGGCUAACAUUUUUAGGCGGUUCCAUCAAAAUAGCCCAUUCCAUAGCCUUUAUCUGUAUCUACCUGUUCUACAUUAUCACUGUUGUCGGCUCCGGUAUUAUUUAUACAAAAUAUUUGAAAAAAUCCAAUACAGAUAAACCAAGCGACGAAACACCCACUGAAAUUUCGGGUCGGGUAAGUAAACUAGUAUUUUCGCGUACCUAUUUCGGGCAGGCAUCGAAAACAAAAAGGACGUCCAUUAACGAUAUGCAGGACGACAACUACGAGGGUGUUUGUCUUAGAAGGAUAAAAUUUCGUGAUAUAGGGGUAACAUCACCGCAACGUAGGCGUACCCUAUUUAACAUACAUCAGCCGUCAAAUAGUCGACCAGUUAGUAGUGGUAGUAGUAGUAGUAUUACUGGUGGUCGGGAUAGUAGUGGUGAUGUAUUUUCGGUAACAAAUAAUAAGAUAAACCAUAACAACAACAACACACUUACCGUUAAUGAUGACUAUAUAGGACGUACCACUAGAAGCAAUACAGUAUCCGAUCCAUCAUUUCCAGCCCAUUCACCUGUUGGUAACGGAUCCAAACCUAAACAUUUGCAACUAAUACACCAGUUAUCAAAAAUUAGCAUGACCAGUUUACUAUCAAAUAAAUCCAGUAAAUUAGCUAUGAAUGAUUGGCAUGAAUUUCUAAUACAAAUUUGUCCGAUUGAUUGGCAAAGUUUUAAAACAGAUCCGAUUCAUCUAAAAAUAUUUGCCAUAUUUAAGGCACCGAUUUAUUUUGUAUUAACCGUUACGACGCCAGUGGUCGAUGAAGACGCCGAUCGGCAUAAUUGGUGUAAAAUAUUAAAUAUAUUACACAUUAUUAUUAGUCCGCAAGCGUUUGUAUUUAUAACUGAAAUGUCAAACGACCGAAACUAUUUAACUGAGGCCAUAGUGUUUGGUGUUAGCCUACUGUUAGCACUGGUAGUCUAUUUUACCAGUGAAACCGGUCGACCGCCCAGAUAUCACUGGUUGUUUGCCUAUUUCGGGUUUAUAUUGGCCGUGGCCUGGAUCUAUGCCCUGGCCAAUGAAGUGGUCGACUUGUUGGGUGCCGUUGGCAUAAUAUUCAAUUUGAGUCCCAUGUUGUUGGGGCUAACGGUACUGGCCUGGGGUAACAGUGUCGGAGAUUUUAUAUCAAACAUAAGUAUGGCCCGAAACGGCUUUCCCCGUAUGGGUAUAUCAGCCUGUUUUGGUGGACCUGUAUUAAAUAUGUUAAUGGGUAUUGGCAUACCAUAUACUGUAUUAUUAAGUAGCGGUACAGCAAAACCAGUUACACUACAAUAUACAAAAAUGGUUACACUAUUAUAUUCGACAAUAUCGUUGAGUUUAGGUUCAACCCUACUUAUAAUGUUGGUUACAAAGUUUAAGGCAACCAAAAUGCAUGGCAUCUAUCUUAUCGGUAUUUUCGGUACCUUCCUAACAAUGGCCUGCCUAAUUGAAUGGCAUAUCAUUUAGUUCAUUAAAUAAAUAGAUACCUAACCCACCCAUCCACGCAAA